CGGGACGGCAUGUGCCAGGCCUGGGGCAACCCCAGCAGCUCCCACCCUGCAGGCAGGAAGGCAAAGGAGCUCAUCGGCAGUGCUCGGGAAAGCCUGGCGAGGAUGGUGGGAGGCCGGCCGGAGGACAUUGUCUUCACCUCAGGGGGCACAGAGGCAAACAACAUGGUGAUCCACACUGCCCGCAGGCACUUCCACGAAAGCCAGGCCAGGCUGGGGGACAGCUGGGGGACACCGCACAUUGUGACGUCGAGCGUGGAGCACGACUCCAUCCGCCUGCCACUGGAGCAGCUGGUGAAGGAGAGCCUGGCGGAAACCACCUUCGUGCCUGUGUCCCCACGAAGCGGGCGUGCUGAGGUAGAUGAUGUCUUUGCCGCCAUCCGGCCGACCACCUGCCUGGUUUCCAUCAUGUUGGCCAAUAAUGAGACUGGGGUCAUCAUGCCUGUCGCGGAGCUGAGCCAGCGCGUCCAUGCUCUUAAUCAGCAGAGAGCGGUGGAGGGGCUGCCCAGGAUCCUGGUGCACACGGAUGCGGCGCAGAUGAUUGGCAAGGGGCGUGUGGACGUGCAGGAGCUGGGGGUGGACUACCUCACCAUUGUGGGACACAAGUUCUACGGCCCACGGAUUGGCGCGCUGUAUGUGUGUGGCCCCGGCACCACCACCCCACUGCACCCCAUGCUCUUCGGAGGGGGACAGGAGAGGAGUUUCCGGCCAGGCACUGAGAACACCCCAAUGAUCGCCGGCCUUGGCCAGGCUGCAGAGUUAGUGAGCAAGAACUGGGAGGCCUACGAGGCUCAUAUGCGGGAUGUUCGGGAUUACCUGGAGGCCAGACUGGAGGCCGCCUUUGGGAAGCAGAGGAUCCACCUCAACAGCCACUUUACAGGCUCCAAGCGACUCUGCAACACCUCUAACUUCUCAAUCCUGGGCCCAGGCCUUCAAGGGCGAAGGGUGCUGUCUCACUGCAAGAUGCUUCUUGCCAGCGUUGGGGCUGCCUGCCACUCUGAGAAAGGGGAUCGGCCCUCCUCAAUUCUGCUCAGCUGCGGGAUCCCCUACAACGUGGCGCAGAAUGCCUUGCGGCUGAGCGUAGGGCGAGACACCACCCGGGCAGACGUGGACCUGGUUGUGCAGGACCUUGUGCAGGCUGUGGCGCAGCUGGACCAGGACCAAGCCCUGUAGACCCCGGGAAUCGCUCCCUGGCUAUCACCCAGUGGGCAGAGCUCCUGCUGCCAGCUCCAUGUGCUCCUAAAGGAAACAGAGUUGUCGGGGCAGCCAUAACUGUGCCAGCACCUGAGGA